AAUAGCAUUGGGUUAAUGUGUAAUUUGUUAACUUUAUGUAUUUUCAAAUGUUAGCUGACCUCAACCUUCCUCAAGGUAAGCUGAUGGCCGCCAUGUUGGAGGAACUUUAAACAGCUCGGGGAAUAUCUGUUACAUAUCGAACAAACAAUGGAUCCUGACAAACGAGGGAGGCUACGGAAAAAUCACAAAACACUGAAGAAGGAUCUCGACACAAUAGAAGUCUUAGAUUCACUGUACAGCGAAGGUAUUUUCAACGAUGUUCAUUGUGAGGUUGUUCGUUCAAAGGGCACACCCAACGAUCGGAAUCAAGAGCUGCUGACGAUUCUAAAAACUACCGGGAAUAGAGGGUACGACAAAUUUUGUGAAAUCUUGAAAGAACACCAACCACAUUUGUUGACUGUUCUAGAAGAAACAGAGAUGGAUCAAGAGAUUACAGGAGAAUCUUCAGAAGGAAAUGUAUUUUUUGAACCAUCUGAUGACUUCGAGUUGAAAGGAUUGAUUGACCAACUUACAAGCCACGACAGAAUCGGAGAAGAGGAGUUCGCAAGGAUGAAAACCAUUGUCCAGAGUGAACAUGGCUGUCCAGCUGAUGUCAUCAGAACACUCGAUUCGCCAGCACGUUUCUUUGGUCAUUUGAUGGACAAGAAACUUGUGACUCGCUACAAUCUGGCAUUUCUACAGAGUCUCCUGUGGCGUGUUGGCUUAAAGGACAUGUGUGAAGAUGUUGCAAGAUUCGCCAGAGUCAGUGAUGAAAAACCGAUUCACUUCUUCCUUGCUGACAGUUCAUAUACAGAAAAUGGAUAUAUUCCCUGCAAAUUCCACGUUCAAGGAAAUGUCAACAACUUCAGAGGAAUAACCAUUGAAACGAUAUGCUACAUCGUGUCAAGGUAUGUGGGCGUGCCCCAGACGCACGUUUUUCCUGUAGGCAUACAGCCCAGCAACAGUAUCCUCCUGACUGUGAUGGUUCCAGAACAUUCUCUGCAUCUUCUGAACGAUCUUGAAGACUGCUCAUGGUUGGCUGAACUUGGUGUUGACUGCAUUACAUAUGGCCCAACAACUAUUAAUGUGAAAGCUACAAGCUCUGUUUCAGCACAACCUCACACAGCUGCUGAUAGAACGGGUGAACUUACCACCUUGGAGUCUGAGCUGGAUAAAAAGCUGAGAGAGGAACAGCUACUGAAACAAUGUCUGUAUGACGAACAGAUGGUAAAUGAAAAUCUACGUGACAUGUAUGACAGUAAAGAAAAUGAGGUCACCAAAUGUAAAGAAGACUUGGAUGGGCAAAUGCGGGGGAACACAAGGCUGUUCUGUGCCCUAAUGGUCACUCUGAACUUGGUACACAUGUUCCUGCAGAGAUGCAUGCCUCACGUUGGAGGAAGUACGUGGGACAUCAGGGAGAGAAGUGCCCAAACACACUUCAAAUAUGUUGUGGAAAAAGCAAAGAGGUUAUGCAGGUCCGAUGUUUUGAAAGAAGUCAUCGAUGCGCAUUCUCUGGUGAAGGAGAUGAGUAACGCUCGUAUAUUAAAUGCAGUCAUUGAGUCAACUAAUAUUGCGAUCCAAUCUCUACAUGCCAACGUGAGAGAGUUACUUAUGUAUAAGAUGGUUGGGAGAUCUUUAGGUGUAGAAACUACCCCUAUUCCCCCACCUCAGCAAACGGUUCAUUUGAAUGUAGAAGUGGGAGCGAUAGUUCAACUCGAGCCACAACUUGUAGAAAUCCUGAUUGACCUGGGGAAGAAACUGACUAAGAAACAAGUUGAAAAACUCUGUCUCCACUACAAACUGCCAACAGAAUUGAAAUCUGACAACAAGAAGCAGCUCAUCUUUGCACACCUGCUUGUCAACGAAAUGAACAAAACUAAAUCUACCAUGGAUGAGGACGUAGAUCGCAUCAUCCACGAAUCAACUCGACUUUGUGGUGGAAAAGAUUUAUGGGUCGAAUUUCAAACUCGAAACAAAAAACGUCAUCGCAAAUUAGAGGAACAGCAAAAAAACCUUUCAGGUGUUCCCAAAAGACUUGAUAACAUAGAGCAUCUCCUAAAGACACUCGUGGCACAAAAUGUGACGGGGUCGCUGCCGACAGGAUAUCCUUUACCAAGCUUUUAUGACAGACUUAAUUUUAAUAAGGGGCAAACCUAUCCUUCCAAGGAAACACCCUAUUUUCAGUAGCAGAUACAUGUAUUCAAUGUUGUUCCUGUGUCAUACAUCUUCGGAAGAUUGAUAUGAUGGAUCCCAUGACUAUCGGCCAAUCCGUAAAUGAAAAUGUUUCCAGAAUACUUUAAUGUAAAUAAAUCAUGAUUUUUCCCUGUCUGGUAGACAUGGGAGUAAGGGAA